CCGGUUGCCAUAGAGACAGCGAAACACAACAUCACUCUCCAGCAAGUCAUAAUGCGGUCAACUGAGGAGAAAACUGUACUUUUAUGUGCUUUAGAUGAUGAUGUAGAGGGACUUAAGAGUCUUUUGGAAAGCCUUUUGGAGAGCGCCAACGAUACUCAGCAAUCAGAGAAUAUUUUGUGGGAAAAAGAUGAGGUUGGAAGAAAUGCGCUGUUUGUUGCGUGUACACUCGGACGGAGCGGAAUAGUGCGCGAGCUCGUGCGGAACGGCGCUGACGUCAAUGAACUCACAGCGCGUGGCUACUCACCAUUGCAUUAUUCUGCUAUGUGGGGUCAGCUGGACACUUUGAAAACUUUGGUUGAGCUCAAUGCUGAUUUUCAAGCGAUCAGUUUCCGGGGAGAGAAGGCUGUUGAUGUGGCCCGGCGUUAUGACAAACUGGACUGUGCAGAGUAUCUAGCAUGGGCUGAGGCCAAACAAAGUUUGCAAGCAUUAAUAGAAGAUAUGAGAAACAUUAUAGCUGAUCCAGAGAAAGUUCAAGGGAAGCUCAAUAAAGAGGACAAGACCGUGUGUAUAAACACCUGUUCGGCAAAAUCUGACUGGAUACACAACACCAAAAAUGCAACAAUUCAAGACUUCAUUGAACAGAAGAAGCACCUCGAAGACAUACUGGCACCUGUUCUGAUCAAGCUUAACACACAAUCUGAAGCCCCAACAAAGACAAAAAAGCCUUAGAAGUUCAUUGCACAGAGGCAUUAUGUCAUUCAAAUGUCAAUAAAUAUUUAGGGGGGGAAAUGGUUACAUUUAUUCAAUACAUGUUCUGCAUUAAGUCUUUUCAAAGAUUAAAAAUUAGACCCUAAAAUAAAUAUUGUAUGAUUCCUGACAGAAUUGCAACACAAUUGUAUUUCGAAAAAAUA